AUGGCUUCCGUUAGAAACAUUGCCUCUCGCUACUUGGAGGCCUUGGAGGACUCGGCGCAGCCACGGCAGCCCUUAUCCACGCUAAAAUUCAACUCCAAGUCCAACCUCAAUGUCAAAAAGCUUGAUUCUCCAGACUUAGAGGACUUGGCUCGCCAGAUGAACAUCGAGACGCCAGCCCGUAACGUGCUUCUCCGGAACUCAUUCGAGACUCCAUCUGCCACCGUCUCAUCUUUCAAGACCACCCCAAAGAGCAGAUCAGGGUCUAAGACAUCCAAAGACGUUUCUAGUUUAAGCCAGCCCGCUACUUUCAAGCCAGGAUCCAAAACUUCAAAAGGUUACGAGUACUUAUGUCGGAUCCAGGCCAUCAAGAAUUGGCUCGAGAUAGUUCUUCGGGAGAAAAUCGCCCAGGAUCCAGUCACUCUCAUCUCAUACAUCCAGAAUGGAAUCUACUUGGCCAAAUUGGCCAAUGUGUUCUUACCCGUGAGAAAGAACGUAUAUACCAACGAUCGCAAGCUUGAAUUCAGACACACGGAGAACAUUAAUCGCUUCUUCAAGUUGCUCCAGCACUUGAACAUCCCUGAUUUGUUCAGAUUCGAGCUCACGGACCUUUAUGAUGCCAAGGACGUGCCUAAGGUGUGGUUCUGUCUCCAUGCUAUGAGUUACAUCAUCCACCAGAUGGAUGUGAGCUACCCAGCUAUUGAAAAUUUGGUGGGAAAACUCGAAUUCUCCGAAUCCGACAUCAAAACAGCAAACAGGGCCUUGGUGGGUCACUCGUUGCCAAACUUCUCUAGUGCUGAUAACGGGUCGAGUACAGAUGGCCACAAUUCAUACAUCAACAGGACUUUGACCAUGCAAACGCCUUCCAAGUUACCCAUGCGUCCGAAGAUACCACCUUCUACCAUGGAUGAUCCUAAUCCGUUCAGAGAGAAGUCACCUACGAUUCUGCUACUGCUGAACUACGAAUUGAACAGUGUCAGAAAGCCCGACUUGUCUGCAGCCAUCCACAAGACGCCUGAAUCGAGCCCCACUAAAUCAGCCGGCGUGACGCUUUCUCCAGUGCAACUCUUAUCCCUGGAUCGUCUAUCUCCACUGGAAGUUUCAUCUCCUGUCCACAUGUCUCCAGUCGGACAAGUUUCCUCUCUAUAUGGAAGGUCUCCCGUCAAUUAUGGCAGCUCCCCGGUCUUGUAUAAGCCUGCGUCCGUUACGUAUACCCACACAACCGAAUUGGACAGUCAUGUGGUCAAUGUCAUCAAGUUACAGGCAUUGUCUAAAGGUGCAAUCUUCAGAUACAAGAUGUUCGUGGAUAAGAUUAUUUUGAGAUCCUACGACUCGGAACUUACAGAACUUUUUUCCGUCAUUAGAGGAAACCUUACGAGAGGAAGAACUGUGCACCGUCAUCGUGAUGAUUUGCGUUAUUACGAACAAGAUAUUAAAACAUUGCAGUCAAUCGCCAGAAGCAAGCUUCUGAGGAGAUUCUUGGGGUAUGGCUUCACGGCUGAUUCUGAGAAUUCUGUUCGAGACGUCCAGAACAUUAUUCGUGGGUCAAUGGCCAGACAGAGAGUAAGAAAUGUUAAGAGUGUAUUGAAAAACAACGAGUCCAAGUUGCUUCUGCUUCAAUGCAUUAUUAGGGGAAAGGGUAUUCAUCGAAGGGUUUCCACCAUCACCUCAAACAGAUCUCAGGUUGAGAGGUCUCUCAUUGAGCUUCAAUCCAUGGGUCGUCGCAUAUUGUAUAACAGAAGGUCGAAUUCAUCAAUUGUUUCACGAUUGGAGGAACAAGAUAUGGUCCCACUUCAAUCUUUAAUUAGAGGAGCAAAAGCUAGAAACCAAGUGAGAUUCUACUUGAGAGGACUUGGUAGAGAGCGCAAUUCUAUGAAAGAACUUCAAAGUAUAGGAAGAGGAGCCAUUUUAAGAACUCGGCUCUGUAAUAAUGUCUUGAUUACAUUGCUUGGAGAAGACAUUAAAAUGAAUGAGCUUUUCGCCAAAGUCAGAGGAAACUCUGUAAGAAGACAGGUUGAAUACAAGAAGGCUGUCUUGGAUUACGUUGCCGAGUCAGAAAUCAUUCCUCUUCAGACGAUUUUCAGAGGUAUUUUGCUCAGAUUCCGCCAAGAUGUUGAUAUGGAGGAUAUCUACGAAGAUGUUAACUCUAUUAUCACAUUACAAGCAAAGAUAAGAGCUAACAAGAUCGUCAUGGAGAGAAAGCAGUUAGACGCUCACUAUACCACUAAUCUCGAUAAGGUUAUCAAGGCACAGUCGAUUCUCAGAAGUAAGUACACCCAAAACGCAUACAAGGCAUUGAUCAACAUGAAGAAUCCGCCUGUUGGGGUUGUAAGGAAGUUCGCCUACUUGCUUUCCAAUAGUGGUCAGGAUUACCUGGAAGAGAUGGAGUUGAGCAAGCUCAAAGAUCUCAUCCUUGAAAAGUCCAAAAACAACGAGGAGUUGGAGCUGCUGAUUGAGAAUUUGGAUAUCAAGUUGAGUUUAUUGGACAAAAACAAGAUUUCAAUCGAAGACUUUAUGAAGCAGAACAACAAGUUCAAAGCAUACAAACCAAUUCAACCUAAGACCAUGAACGUGAAGAAUUUGGAUAAAUUGAAUGUGUCCUCCAGAAAGAGAAUUGAGUUGUAUCAAUCAAUGUUUUACUUCUUGCAAACGAAGCCCACUUAUUGGUUGAGACUUUACAAGGAACAUCCAAGUUGCGAUCGUGAUGAGUACAUCAAGAAUCUUCAAUAUCAAAUUCUUCUGGUGUAUCCAAUUCUGAAAGGCUCUGUGAACUCUCAUUCUAGAGAAGAGUUCUUCUUCUUGAAAUUCAUCUGUGCCUUGAUGGAGAACGAUAUGAAAAGAAGCAAAAACAUUGCAGAUAUCACCAAGGUUAAAUCAGCCUUGUGGAUUGACUAUAUCGUCGACUUUAACAACCACGUCUACCAGAGAAUGCACCUCAAGCAGAUUUUCGGAAAGAUAGUGUCGAGAAUUAUCGAUGAAGAUGAGCUUACAUUUGAAUCUGAUCCUUCUAUAAUCUACAAUCAUAUCCGGGAGAAAGAAAACAGGAUUCAUGGUACUUCGUCCAAGAAAAUGAUUGUCACUCCGCAGGAAGCAAUUCAGGACGAAGAAGUUUCGGCGUCGUUUGUUAGAAACUUGAUUGCAUUGAGAGAAGCAGCUACUGAUUCACUCGAAAUCAUCCAGUCUUCAGUCUCCGAAAUUCCAAUUCAUGUCAGGAUUCUUGCCCACCAGGCUUACCAGCUUUCGUUGGUAAAUUUCCCUGACCAUUCUGAACAGCAGCAUCUUGCGGUAGCUGGUGUCAUCAUUAUCAAGCAUUACUUUAACAACAUCUUGCAAUUCCCAGAGAACUUCGGAUACUCUACAAAAGAUCCAUAUGCUAUAGCGGUGGGAUCUCCUAGUACGCUGUCUGAGAACCUAAAGCAUCUCAGCAGAGUGUUGUUGCAGAUAUUCUCCAUGAAGCCUUUCUCAGACAACUUCAUGAAGCCUUUGAACGAUUACGUGACAUCGUGUGCGGAAACUACCAGAGACAUCAUCAAGGAGGUUAUAAAAGUGAAGCUGUUGGAGAUUGAGUACGAAAUGAACGACUAUGAUGAUAUUGUCGCUCAUUCGAAGCCACAAUUGACAAUGAAGGUCAGUGAUAUGAUUGCAGUCGAGAAAAUGAUCACAAGGAACAUCGAUGUUGUGGCACCAAGUUUGGAUGACCAAUUGUACACUAUUGCAAGUGAGUUGAACGAAGUAGUUAAUUCUGCUGAUGACUUCGUUACUCUCACUGAAAUGGGUUCUCUCACGUUGACUCUAUCUCCAAAAACCCAGGAGGAUACAGUCGCAGAUUCCAAGGUCAGAACGCUUUUGACGCAGGCAAAAAGGUGCUUGCUCUAUAUCAUCAGAGUUCAAGAUGGUGACGACCUUUUGGAGCUUUUCAUACAUGGAAUCAAGCCUAUCCACGAAGACAAGUUUAGAAAGAUCAUCGAAAUCGAAAAUGAUGGGUCCAGUGGUAACGAGAUCAAUCCUUACAGGAAAUCUUUCUUGGGAGAUUUGACAAAGAUGAGCUACAUCGACUUGAAGAAACUAGCACUCAAGGUGAUUCUUCAAUUGGAGUCGCUCGAGAUUGUUUCACGUAAAAAUUCUUUUCAGGAGCUUCUCAAUCUGAUUGUUGUCGAUAUCAAGACCAAAGACUCGCAAAGAGUUUCCAGAAAGUCACAAUUGAAAAUCGCAGAUCAGACUGUCAACAAGUUGCUCGAAAAGGAGAAGUUUUUGACUCGCCAGCUCAAAGACUAUGAGCUGCAUAUCGAAAAGGUUCUUGGAGAGUUGCAACUCAAACCAAAGGAGAAAAAGAUUUUCAAUAUAAUCCCUGUUUUCAGCAAACAAUACUUCUACCAUCGUCAGCUCAGAAAGAACAACCGCUUGCCUAAGUUUGGUUCCUACAAGUAUUCUGCCAAGAGGCUUAUGGACCAGGACAUUAUUCUAGACUUUGGUGGAGAUCUCUCAGGGAAGAGUGCAUCAAGUUCUAAGCUUGAUUUCAUGUUCAGUUGUCACAAACUGGGAACGUUCGUCAUUGAAGCAGCAACCGGCUCGGUGACAAUCCCUGGAGCAUGUGGUUCCAUUACGUUGGACCAAUUGUUGGACCAGCAAUACGAGAAAAAGAAGAAAUGGGAAAUGUUCAACGGAAUGGUGACAUUUGACACUGAGAACCUCUCUGCGUUGAUCUUCCGAAAGUUCUACGACAUUAAGAAAGACUGA